ACGUCAAAUUAAAUUAUGAAUGCUUACAGAAAUAAUAUUAAAUAAUUAAAAAAUGUUGUAUAUAAAUUAUUACUUGAGAAUUUUAUUUUAUUAUAUAUUUUAUUUUAUUUUAGAAACAUUUUUAUUAUUACAUAGAGAAAUGUACUACGCAAUAAAUAAGCAGGUGGUUGUUCAUAAGAUAAAUAGAAAUAUGAACAAUGGCGAUUCACUGUCACUCGCUCACUUAGUGCAUUCAAUCGCUCGACUCAAUACUCACUCGUACUCGCGUCUAUACAUCGCGUAUUAAGUCAAUACUCAAUUUGUCAAUGUCAAUUUUCAAGUGAGGACUGAAGAGUGAAGUGAGGUGGUUCAAUGUUGAAAUUUGAGGAACUCUUUCAUUUUGCAAUCACGAGUACCUCAAACGAGGCGCCUCAUGAGUGAGGGACUCAUCUUUAGUUUCCAAUUUCUGCCACUCGCGAAUACGAUCGAUAGCGGGGUGAACCUUGGUUCUGUGUUGGUUAGCGCUUGGUGGACUCGGGAAAAAUGGCUUUAUUCAGAAUCACGACUACUAAAUUAAUUGAAAUACAGAAAGCAUGCCCGACGGCAUCUAUUCUUCUGCGCGGCCUCAGCGCAGAGCAGACCAACCUGAAGAGUAUACUGCAAGAGAAGAUCCCCAAAGAGCAAGAAAAGAUCCGUGAGUUCCGUAAGAAACAUGGCGCCACCAAAGUCGGCGAAGUCACAGUUGACAUGAUGUACGGCGGCAUGCGUGGUAUCAAAGGAUUGGUAUGGGAAACAUCAGUGUUAGAUCCAGAAGAGGGUAUCCGAUUCCGUGGACUCUCUAUCCCCGAGUGCCAACAGCAACUACCUAAAGCGAAGGGAGGUCAGGAACCUCUACCAGAAGGUCUCUUCUGGCUUCUAGUUACCGGUGAUAUUCCCACCGAAGCGCAAGUCAAAGCUCUGUCCAAGGAAUGGGCACAGAGGGCUGAGCUCCCUGCACACGUGGUGACUAUGCUGAACAACAUGCCGAGCAAACUGCACCCGAUGUCGCAGUUCUCGGCCGCCGUCACAGCGCUGAACAGCGAGUCAAAGUUCGCGCAGGCUUACAGCGAAGGAGUACACAAGUCCAAAUACUGGGAGUACGUUUACGAGGACACCAUGAACCUGAUCGCCAAGCUGCCGGUGGUCGCCGCCACCAUCUACCGCAACACGUACCGCGACGGCAAGGGCAUCGGCGCCAUCGACGACAGCAAGGACUGGUCCGCCAACUACUGCAACAUGCUCGGCUUCGACGACCCGCAGUUCACGGAACUCAUGAGGCUGUACCUCACCAUUCACAGCGACCACGAAGGUGGCAAUGUAUCAGCGCAUACAACACACUUGGUCGGGUCAGCAUUGAGUGAUCCCUACUUGUCCUUCGCAGCGGGACUGAACGGCUUAGCUGGACCCCUGCACGGACUGGCAAACCAGGAGGUGCUGAUCUGGUUGGAAAAGCUUCGCAAACAAGUAGGCGACAACUUCACAGAGGAAGGCCUCAAGGAGUUCAUCUGGAAGACACUCAAGUCGGGACAGGUCGUGCCUGGAUAUGGCCACGCUGUUCUCAGGAAGACUGACCCUAGGUACACCUGUCAACGCGAGUUCGCACUGAAGCACUUGCCCAACGACCCGAUGUUCAAGCUGGUUGCUGCAGUGUACAAAGUGGUGCCACCGAUCCUCACUGAGCUCGGCAAGGUCAAGAACCCAUGGCCCAACGUGGACUCCCACUCCGGAGUCCUUCUACAGUAUUACGGUCUGAAGGAGAUGAACUACUACACCGUGAUGUUCGGCGUGUCGCGCGCGCUCGGCGUGCUCGCGCAGCUGAUCUGGUCGCGCGCGCUCGGCCUGCCCAUCGAGCGGCCCAAGUCGCUCAGCACCGAACUGCUGAUCAAGCAACUCGGCAAGUAAACGAACACCGCACACUCAGUAGGCGAUCACCACCACUGCCAUGCGUUUACUACAGUGGAAAUACGAUCAUGGAAAAUCAAAAUUCAUUUUACCUAUAACUUUAGGUGAAAUCCAUUUUCAUUCACAGCUAAAAAUUCCCCCCCCUCCCCCCACCUGUCCGUACCUCGCUACGCCCAAGCCAAAAUAUAAUAUUGGUAUUGGUCAUCAAAUCACAGAUCAUCUGUUUACAAUACUUGCGCUAAAUAGUUUAUUGUUAUCUGGAUUACUCCAGCUGAUCGUAUUUCCACUGUAUUAAUAAAAAUUCAAAGCUGAUUACAUAUAGCAUAAGACAAAAGCGAACCAACGUAAUAUAAAUUGUGAAUCUGCAGCGAUAUAUAAUCCACACGGAUAUAAUAUGAGCUUUUUAAGCGGAUAAACGAACCCCUUAACACAUUCGCUCCGGUACGAGGUCAAUUGACCUCGUUCGUCUAAAGUCUUCAAGAGUUAAGAGGUCGAUGUACCGAACCACAUAAAGUUCUAGUAUGAGGUCAAAAAACCUCGUACCGCACCAGAUGAAAGUACAGAAAAAUCAGUGCCGCAGCGAACGUGUUAAAAUUCCGACAACGCAUAAAGUAAGCCUACAUUGAAUAUAUUUAUUUACUUCGUCGAAUGUUUGUAAGAGUGAAAUUGAGUAAACAUUAUAUUUAUUUGUCGAUAUAUAUGUGCGUACUCUGUAUGUCGUGAUAUUAUUCUUAAAAAGAUACAAAAUGUCAUUUUUUUAAUACCGAUCUAAGUCUCUGGGUUCGGAUCUUUGUAAAAGGAUCUAGUUAGUUAUACUCAUGGUACUUAAUUAGGUACCGAUGUUUCGGGAUAUAUUUUGCCUAUAAUAUUAAGUUUGUUUUCCUGUCUAACUAAAAAUUCGUGAGUUUUAGUUGUGGAUAUACUAAUGAGCUAGGUCACUCACUCGUUAAUAAUAUAAUUAUGUACAUACAAUGUAUGCAUAAGAGGUCAUAUGUAUUCAGCUUGUACCAACAUCAAAAAUCUGUCAGAUCGCCUAUGAGUUUUUUUUUUACAGUGUAUCCAAUAAAAUGUUGACUGAAAGUUGAGCGAAUAACGAAAUAAAUAUGUCUGAUCAGUCGUUUUAGGAAACACUCGUGUAUGUACGUAUGUACAUAUAUGUACACCUAUGUAUGUAAUAGAUAAAAUAAAAAAAAAAUCCCAACUUGUAAUCACAUUAACACCAAUAGUCAAUUUACAUUUUGAAUGUACUUUACUUUUAUGUAAAAAUGAACCCUUUGUAAAUUAUUUAUUGUUUAGCAAGCAAAGCUUCUUUUUUUUGUUCCAAGUAAAUUCUUUUACAUAUUAAGCUUUGCUGUUGGGAAAUUUUAAACGCCCCAACUUUUUCUUAAUGUUAAGUAUAAGUGAAGGAUGGUUAUGAUUAUUUAUAAAGACGAAUGUGUUUAUGCAAAACAAAGCCAAACGAAAUAGCUUAUGGAAUAUAAAUUAUUUAUUAUAUACAAGUAGAAUAUUUACUUUUUUAGUAUUCUAAAAAAGAAAUAUGUUGCCGCCUUGUAUUGAAAUAUUAAUACAUUUGUAAAAAUUUUAUAAAGGUUAUCAAUGUAAUCUUAGUUCAUAAGAUGAAAUUUGGGUGUGUUUUGCAUAACCCCAUUCAAUUAAGCGUCGUUGGAUGAUUCAGCGAUAACUCGGUGUACUUAUAUCUGUGAUUACUUAUUUACUUUUUUUUUUAUUCAUUUAUAAUAUUUUAUAUGGAUUACAUUACAUAUUAGUCUGGUUUCCUUUACCAUGCGAUCGUGGAUCGACCGACAUUUAAAUUGACUGUGGUGGUGUGAUGCAUACUCCCCCAUAGCUAGUAGUACUGGAAAGCAAUAUUACGAAUUGUUGAGUCAUUUAGCGCAUUAUACACACUAAUAUAAUUGUAGGAUUUCAUAGUAAAGGAGAUGGGGUUAAAUACUGUAGGAAUACAUGAGCGGAAAAUAUUAAUUUAUUUACCCAUAUAGAGAUACCACCUGAAGGUUGAAAUAUUCGCCGCUCUGUUACUACAAUAACUUUAUUCUUUACAAACGGACGCCCGCGACUUCGUCCGCGUGAAAUACGAUGUAAACUUUCCCCUACCCUAUUCUUACCCUACCCCUUCAAUUUUUUAAUUUUUUCUGUCAUAAGAACUUUCUCCAGACAAUAACGAACAUUAAAAAUAAAAAUAGUGAAAUCUGUCCAGCUGUUCACGCUUGAUAGCGUGACCAAGGAAUUUAUAGAUUCACUUUUAUAUUUAUAUAGAUUUGGAAAUAAAUUAACACUCAAUCAGUUGUCAUCUAACAAUACAUUCCAAAUUCUGCUAAAAUAAAGUGCUAUGAAGUAGGUUUGUUGUAUAUCAUAUUAAAACUUAUACAUCUAAUUAGAUCAACAGCAAUAGUUGAUUCAUUUAAAUUUGUUUUUUUUUUCUACAGUAAAAGAUUCGUUCUAAAACCCCAACUCCUUUACGCCGGUGUGCCGUGCAUGCCGUUAUUUUUUUUUCUAGAAUAAAUACGACAAUAUGAACGAUUAUGUGCCUACAACAUAUAAUGAUGUUAUGCUGCUCACUCAGUAUUGUGUAGUUUUCAUUGUACUUAGCUGCAAUAGCCUUUGUAAUUUGUGGUAAGAGGUUCACUAGGCGCUAAGGAAGAUAUUAUAUGAUCUUGGUUACUCUAAUUGUUUCUAGGUUAUUAGGUUCCGGCUGUGGUUUUUUUUAAUAUUGCCAUGCCGGCGAGCGACUUGCCGUUCAGAUACAUUUAUGCAACCCGGAGAUAAACACUCAGACCAAUUAUAGAAGGACCAGUACCGCACCUAUGUUCACGAACAAAAUUGUCUGUCAUUUUCUGAGGAAAACGAGCUAAGUUUUGGUAUAUAUCUUAUAUUAAACUGAAAGAUUUUGCCCGUAUUCAACUACACAAAAAGGUAUUUUUACGGAGCUCUUUAAUCGACGAAUCACAAAAGUGAAACAUCGACUCUUUAGAGACCGUUUUUUAUGAUCGCAUUAGAUCGUUGAUCUUAUACUUUGACAGAAAAGUAACGUCUAGCGAGGCAGGUCCUAUACAAUAAUUGGUCUGAGGAUAAUUAUUAUCAAAAAGUGCCGCAAUUAAUGCUUCCAUCGCCGUCUAGAACGUCUCUUACCGGAUUUUUACAUUUAUUUAUUUAUUUUUCUUAUUAUCUAUCUAAAACGUUUUGUAGUUUGUAACUGUAAUUUAAUUUCAAGUUACCAAAGUAUUGAUGUAAUUUAUGUAGAUGGUCAAAUGUAUUUUGGCCAGUAUUUCUUGUGUAAAGUAAAUCUUGUUGUCAUAAAAAUUUCAUUGCCUACUUUUGAUGUAGUUCAUUUUACUAUAUAUACAUAGAUAAUUAUGUUGUAAUGUCAACUAGUUUGAUUGUUCACAUGGGUUGAUGCUUGAUAAUAAAUCAACUAGAAUGAUGUUAUAUUGUCUAUCAAUGAAUAUAGUGGUGGCAAAUAGUAAAUUGACAAUACUAAAAUAAAUCGGUAUGGUGUAGUAAA